AUGGAGGUUGGAAUCAGAAAUAGAGUUACUGUUAUAAUAACCCUUUCGGACACCAAAACUAGCAAGAGAGGAAGAAGUGACAAAGUUAUAUUUGGUUGUGAUAGAGGUGGAAAAUACAAAGAAGGAAAUAGUGAAAUACAAAGUGCUACCAAAAAAUGUGGUUGUCCAUUCAAAAUUAGAUCAACACCGUCAAAAGAUGGUUCUGGUUGGAAGAUUGACGUAAAAUAUGGACUUCAGAACCAUGGUUUACCAGAUAGAUUUGAAGGUCAUUCAUUUGUAGGUCGACUUAAUGUUGAUGAACAACAACAUAUUGUUGAUUUGAAAAAACUUCAUGAUCCACCAAGACACAUAUUGUUGUCAUUACAAGAACGAGAUCCGGAGAAUGUGACUCGGAUCACCCAAAUAUAUAAACAUAAGAGUAGGAUUCAGAAAGACAUAAGGGGUCCUAGAACAGAAAUGCAACAUUUGUUUAAGCUGAUAGAGGAUUCUGAUUAUGUUUAUUAG